UUCCCCACGUCACUCCACGGAGUCUUUAAAGCGCCCGCCGCCCGUAUAAAAUGUCUUAGUACCGGAGCGCGAGCAGCAUGAGCGCCGUGCAGACACGCGCCCCCGCGCCGACCAUGGCUAACAACGACAGCGACCCCCUGCCCCUCGGCUGGGAGGUCAAAAUCGACCCCCAGACCGGAUGGCCGUUUUUCGUGGAUCACAACAACCGAACCACAACCUGGAAUGACCCGAGACACGUCGCGACAAAGAGUAGAGAAGCAAACGGACCCAACAUACCUCCAGAACAACAUCCUAAGGAGACCCAGAAGACCUUUACCCGAGAGAUGAAGCACCCGAUUCUGCGGCCCGGCUACAUCCCCAUCCCCGUCUUCCAUGAGGGCGCAGAGCUGCGGCAGCAGCCGCCGCAUCCCUGCUGUACGUACAUCCAGCCAAGCACAGCGCAGAGUGUCCGGUACGAAGGUCAGGCUCCUUCGCACGCCUCCGGACUUCACGGCAGGCCCAGAUCGCCGUUACACGUGGCCUCAGACAGCUGCUCCUCUGAGCCCGGGAGGGCCAGCACGCCCACGCCGCCAACCACAGAGGUGCACACCGCCACACACCACCAACCGUGUCGACCCGGCAGCACCGGCCUCCAGGCCGGUUACAUUCCUAUUCCAGUCAUCCAUGAGGGCGGAGGGGGUCCGCCUCAGGUAAACCCCGCCGUCUACUCUCAGCGCGCCCCCUACCAGCGCCUCCAGACAGACGAACGGCCCGCCUACUCUGCGGCGCCGUCUUCUCGGGAAAGUGCUUCCCCGACGUCGCUGUUCCCGCAGCACCGGGACGCAGCGUCUGCCCGCCUCCCACCUUCGCUUAGGAGCCAGUCCCCGACGGUAUCGCAGCUGCAGGCGGACAGACCGCAGCAGAACCUCCUCACUAGAGACCCGGCCCAGAAAGUGGAGCAGGAGCUGCAGAAAGCAGAGAACCUGCCGGUUCCUCAACCGCAGCUCACAGAGGUGGACGCUCCACAUCUGGAGCAGCCUCAGUCCCAGGAGCCGCAGCAUCACGUUGCAGACAUCACGGUUCAAAUCCCUCCAAAAGCAGAGGUUCAGGACCCAGCCGGCCCUGAAGCCCCCCCAACCAGAGCAGAGGGGGAGCAGGGCGCCGUUCACCCGGGCUUGGCGAAGGUUCAGCAGAUCGUGGGACGGGUGGCUUCGCUGGAGCAGGAGGCCAAGGCUUUCAGCGGGAAGAAAAAUGAUAAGAAAUACCUGCUGCUGGAGGAGCUGCUGACCAAAGAGCUGCUGGCUCUGGACUCUGUCGACCCGGAGGGACGCGCAGAUGUGCGGCAGGCCCGGCGCGAUGGAGUCCGGCGGGUUCAGACCAUACUGGAGGAGCUGGAACAGCUGGAGGAGCGGCCAGCCAAGCCCACCAGUGAGACGCCGGCGGACGGUGACAGAGGAGAGUCCAAGGAACAUUAUGUGACGGCCAAGGAGAUUUUCUGAGGAGCUCCCGUUCAGGAGCAGAGGAUGCCGGCGGACUCCUCCGCCUGAAGCGUUUGUGGAAGCUGCAUGCGUUCAGUGGUCGUUUGUUCCUUCAGCACUUAACUGAUGGUAGCUCAGCGCCGUUCGUUUUUGAGCCAUCGUUCUCGCCGUCAGUGUCCUUGUAAAUUUGACUGCGACCAUCAGUGAGGCGUUGACGGCAACCGCUAAGCAAAUUUGAGUUUGAAAUGAGGCCUUUAUUACAGCAUCAAAGAGAAAUCCCAGUAUUUUCCUAACAGAGUCUAUGUGUCGUUGCCUUUAGUCUGACAGGAAACGGUGUGACGCGUCUUCUGGUGGAGUAAGCACACGGGUCGGUGUUUGAGGGCUCAUGAUGGAGCCGCUCUGUCACAGAACACAGUCACAUCUUUACUACAUGCUGCUUCUUGUGUGCACUGCCUUUGGAGUUGUGUUUGCACUUUGUUGUCACUGAAACGUGUUGAGAAUCAGCAACGCGUCUUUGAAGGAUGAUCAUUUGAGUGAGUUUGGAUCAGUCGGUUGACUUCAGUCCCACAUGAAUCUUUCUAUCAGUAUAUACAGUAUUUUGCUACACUUCUGAAUGUUUAUUGACCCACGGGGUGAAAUGUGUCGUCUGUUUGAGACGGGAGACAAUCAGCGUCGGCUGCUAACCAAACCGGCGUGUUACGGCGUCAGAAUGUCUGUAGAUCACCAAAGGUCUGUCGGAGUGAAACCGUGACGGCUUCAACACGACCAAACAUUUGAGCACGUCAGCGUUACUUUUAUGAUGCCCCCCCUCUUCUGGUCCUGGACUAAUAAUCAGAUUCUACAGGAUUAGAGAUUGUGGCUGAUUGACUUUAGGAUUUGAUAGCCGUUGGCAGAAAUCGAGUCACACUGGCUUUUCUGAAAAUAAAUGUUUCAAACACUUUGUUCCUACAGAUUCUGCAAAUUUGUUUUUUACUAUAUAUUUUAAUGUUUUGGUAAUUUUGUGUGAAAACAACUCAAAUAAAGAGAUGAAGCUCUAAUCGUU